AUGGUCGGUAUUUUCGAAGGUGGCAGCACAGAGAAUAACUUAUGGACGCUGAGAAUGAUGUCUUACCUCGCUAUCAGCCCCUCAGCCAAACUUCGCGUCUUACCUGCAGAGAAAAUACAACUGUUAGAAUUCCAGAACUCAACAUCUGUCGACGCAUUAAAUAUAACAAAGGAGGGAAAAGAAGGGAGGAUGGUUGAUGAAGGCCGCACAAUGCCUUUGAAGAUUGAAAUCGAUCCACAAAGUGGGACCACUUUAACUGUCUGUCGUCUGAGGACUGCAAACGAGCUUCGAGUAUUUCGGAGAGUAUUUGCGGAGAACAAGAACGUUGGCUCCUGGUUAUUACUGGCAGACGUGGAGCAAUUACAACAGAGAUUAAAUGAGGUUUACUUACCAAUGGACAACCAGAUAGUCCUGGCUACGUAUACUAAAGACGGAAAAAUAGUGAACUUCUGGGAAAGCUUUCAAGUCACGGAAAAUUUGCCUCAAAGUCGACAGAUCAUAGGACAGUGGUGGAGGAAAGAAGCGCUGCCUGAAACCUGGAGACACGAACAAUCCUUCCAGUCACGUUUCAAUGAGGGUCUGGAAUGGCAUCGAAAACAAAAAGCUCCACCCACAAAUGCCAAUUCGAAGCUGAAGGUUUUAAAGUUCGGCGCCAUCACAUUAUCUUUGCCAUCUGAAGAGAGGAUGAAACGGCGUCGGGAUCUCUCGGGUCUGCAUCUUGCAUGCGUCACCAUACAGUCAUAUCCUUUAACAAUCCUCCAUCAUCAACGGGACGGUUCGAUGAGAGCGAGCGGCGUGCUUCACUCUUUGAUGGAGACACUCGCCACACUUUUGAACUUCACUUGUCACGAAGUGGCUGACAAGCAGUGGGGCGCCUUUUCAAACGGCGAUUGGACGGGCAUGAUAGGAGAGGUGCUCUACGGGAAAGCCGACAUCGCGGUUGCUCCCUUGGACAUCACUCUCCUCCGAAGUCAAGCAGUGGACUUCAUAAUGCCUUUAGUUGAUUCGAGGUACAAAAUGAUAAUGAAGCGGCCCAACGCACAAGACGUCGUCUGGACGGCAUACACGAGACCCUUCCCUGCCGUCAUCUGGUCGUGCGUGGUGGCCAUGGCGGCGGUUAUGACGGUCCUCCUCUUCUUGGCCAAGGAAAGCAAGGACCGCCGUUGUCACUUCUCCAUUCUGGACGCUUUCACGGCCAUUGUCCGAUACGGCUGCGGCCAAGGAAACGACCUCCAGCUGCGCCAUACUUCCGAGCGACUCGUAGCGUUUCUGGCGCAGAUGUUCUUCAAGUUCCUCGGGGCCUUUUACACCAGUUUCUUGGUCUCCAGCUUGGCUGCCGGUCUGCCUGACCCAAAAUUAGUCUCUCUGCAAGAUGUGCUUCAGGCUUCUAUGACACUGGGACUAGUGGAAGGAACGGCUCCCGUAGAAUACUUCAAGGAUUCGCCAAACCAUCUUCACCAGAAAGUAUGGCAAUCGCUCCAAAGGAACAACUACGCUGCUAUUUCUCAAGACCUCGAAACGGCCAUGCGGAGAACCAGAAGCGAGCCUUACGUCUUGAUGGAAUGGGAGAUGCACCUCAAGUUCAAGUACGAGGCCGACUGCCAGUCGUUCAUCCUUCCGACCUCCUACUUCCAAUCGAAGUCUUCCAUUGCCCUCAAGAAAGGUUCGCCUUACGCUCCACUUCUCAAUUCUGCAAUCCUAGAAAUGCUGGAAUCGGGCUUCCUGGUGAAAUGGUGGCGAGAGAAGAAGCAGCCGAGGCCAGACAACUGCCGAGUGGAGAUCCAACCGGUGGAGUUCGAAACGAUAACCAGCCUGAUGACGCUGCUCAUGGCUGCCAUCCUGACUUCGAUCCUCUUCAUGCCGCUGGAAAUGCUGUGGUCGCACUGCUUCGCAAAAGUGAUUCGAAAGAGAGGGAUGUCGAAGACAAAUCUCUGCUAG